UUGAGAUAUCUAUUAAUCCUACACGUGCUCAUCCGCAACAAUUAUCUCAACGUCUAUGACAUACAUAUCUUUGUGAUAUACUUCUGUAAUAUCCGUUACUUCUUGCCUAAAAUAUUUCUUGCAUAUUUUUGUUCGAGAAAAAUAAGGAGUAGAAAAAAUGCGGUUCCAGAGAGACAGAGAGACGAAAGAAACAGAGAGAUGAAAGGAAGAGAAGAGCCAUGCAUAAAGGAAGGGGAACACACGGUUAAUCGGUGCCAAAGUACCGUUGUAUCUGAAAGGACCAGAGAUGGCUUUCGGUUUUCCUGCAGCCUCCAUCGCAGUUGCAGCUUCGCGCACUGCAUUUAUCGUGCACUGCACUUCUGCAUGUUUCACAUAAAUAUACGUGCAUGUAUCUACGCAUGUGAAAAUUUUUCUUCUGUCACUAACGCGGAACACGUGCGACAGACUCGAGUUAACGAGGCACGGCAGUUUGCUUAAUUGUCAUUCACGUGGAUAUACAUACAUAUACAGUGUUUUCGAAAUUUUCGAUGCGGUUCAGCGUGGAGAUCAUUAUAUUUAUUAGACCGUUAUAGAGAUGCCUAUAAUAAAAAACUUGAAGGCAACGGAUAUUCUGGAGGAUCUAGAAUCAAAACUCGCGUAUGUCCCAGGUGGUCGUGAUCACGACGGACGACCUUUAAUAGUAAUUAGUGUUCCACCGGAAUUUGAUUCAACAACAAAAUCAAAAUUAGAGUCUCUCAUUAUAUAUUUUACAUCAAUUUUCAGCGAGGAGACAAAGGAAAACGGAUUGGUUCUAGUUGUAGACGCGCGUCGCAGUGCAUGGCGCGUAACUAGAUCUUGUAUUAGGCUCUCUACGAAUCUUAUAGGAUCUAAAGUUAUUUGCGUGAUCGUGAUACGGCCUGAUGGUUUUUGGGAUAAACGUGUCGAUAGCUGUACCAAGUCUCACAAAGAUGGCGAACCAAUAUACGUUACUCUAACAAGGCUGCAUGUUUACGUUGACUUUUCUCAAUUACCGUACGAGUUAGCAGGUAACAAGGCAUACAAUCACGUCGAAUGGAUUAAAAAACGUAUGAAGAUAGAAGAUUAUUCGAGAGAUGCGUUAGAGCUCGUAUCGAAGAUGACAAAUUUACAUCAAAGAUUAAAUACUCUUGAUGGUAUUCGUAUGAUGCAAUCGAAUGAUGUAGAAUCUUAUUGGGAGAUGGGCACAGAAUUGUUAUCAACGGCACGUCAUAUACUUCAAUCAGGUAGGAAUUUAGUAAGUUCAAUGAGCAGAGAAUCCUCCAAGGAUAUUUUGGAUACCAUUCAAGGAAUUCAUAAGUUACUCGAUUCUAUCGAACUAAAGCAGAUGGAUAUUGAAAAUUCUUGGGCAGAAAUGGAACGAAAUCUGGAUACUGCCAGAGUAAUCCAAGACCUUGAAAGGGGUGUAUCGAGUGUUACUGACUGGAUCUUGGGUCCAGCGGACACAAUGCUGAACUCUUGUUGUCAGGUUGGGUUUGAUGUUUCUUCAUCUGAAGAACUCCGAAGGCAGCACGAAAAAAUUGAACUUCAAUGUCGGGAGACUUAUGGACGAUAUGCAGAGCUACUCCAUAAAAUCGAUAGCCUACCUAAAAAUAGACUACCAGAAGAUUUAAAAUCUCAGAGAGAUUUCAUGGACUUUGUUUGUCGUAGCUUCGCCUCACGGCUCGAACGACGUAGAAAUGUAUUAAUCACUUCGCAAAGAUUCUUUAGACUUGUUUCUGAGUACUUCGAUAGGACGAGUGAAGUAUUCGAGCAGUUGGUUAUGGGCAACAGGAAUUACAAUUUCUCUCAAGCGAGCAUUAAGCUCUUAACUUUGGAAAGAAGUCAAACAAUUUUAGACAGUUUAGAACGCGAGCUUGUAAAAGAAGGCGAAAAGUUAUCGGACAUUCUUUCUAUGCCUGUGAAGGAUGCGCUUGGUCGAGAAGUUUGUGUAAAUUAUAAUGAAGAUAUCAUUAAUGUAAAAGACAUAUUAGAUGCAACAAAUGCCAGGAAGAAUAUAUUUAACGAUAGCAUGGAAUUACAGAAACUGUCGUUAAAACAGAUAGCUUUGAUAUACAUGUACGAGAGCGAUGCCGAACAAGCUGUUAAAUGGUUAAAUGAUUUAUUUAAUGUUUUACUUCAAAAUCACAUGGAAAUUGGAUGUAAUGUAAAGGAAAUACAAUCCCAAAAAGAGGAGCACCAAUCUUUCCAGGAAACAGCAAAAGGAACUUAUGAGUAUGGUGGUCAAUUGGCGAAUGGAGCACGGGUACUGAGAUUAUCUUGCAGAAUAUCUUUAGAAAGCAAUGCUAAUCUCUUUUCGAAAUUACGACAGGCUUGGCGACAGUUUCGGUCUGUUAGUCAGGAACAAUUAACCAGGCUGCGAGUAUGCGCUGUUUUUCACAGAAACGUCGAAGAUCAUUGUACCGAAUUACAAAAUUUGGCGGAAACAGUGACAGCCCUGUAUCAUUCUGCACAAGAUGAAGACGUAGCGGCAAAAGCACGUGUGAAAGAAAGUAUAAGAGACAUCCUUGAUAAUCGAGAGAAACUUCUAUUGGAAGUUGGUCGGAUGGUAAGAUUGGGUCGUCUCCUCAAGACGAGGUUAAAGGAACCUCUUUAUCGCCGAUUGUAAGUAUAACGAGGAAUCGCUUCGCAUCAAUAUAAUUACAGCAUUAGUAAACUUAUAUACCAUUAAUUUGAAGAUAUCAAAUUUUAGAGAUUAGUAUUUUGAAUCACACAAUUACGUAAAAGAUAAGGUAUUUAAAUUGUUUAAAAAA